GUGACCUUUCGUUGACUAUUUUGUUGUUUACAUUUGAGUGCUGCGGUAUAUAGAGGGCCUUGAGUACUGCGCUCGGUUUUCCCCUCUCAUACCAAUACUUGGGUUAUUUUACGUAUUUUUUAUUUAAAUUCAGGCACCUUUUACGUUGAAGCCAAGAUGAGUCUGUGGGUAGACAAGCAUCGACCAACAAGUCUUGGCAAGCUAGACUAUCAUAAUGGACAAGCUUCUAGGCUCUCAAAACUUGUGAAAAGUGGCGACUUUCCACAUCUGCUGGUGUACGGCCCCUCGGGCGCCGGGAAGAAGACUCGCGUCAUGUGCCUCCUGAGGGAGCUGUACGGUGCCGGGGUGGACAAACUCAGGAUAGAGCACCAGCAUUUCGAGACGCCGUCAAAGCGUAAGAUCGAGAUCGUCACAGUGGCGAGCAACUAUCACAUCGAGGUGAACCCGAGUGACGCCGGCAACAACGACCGCGUGGUGAUCCAGGAGCUGCUGAAGACGGUGGCGCAGACGCACCAGCUCAACGCCGACAGCCAGCGCGACUUCAAAGUUGUAAUAGUCACGGAGGCGGACCGGCUGACCAAGGACGCGCAGCACGGUCUGCGGCGCACCAUGGAGAAGUACAUGUCCACGUGCCGGAUCAUCCUGGUUGCCAACAGCAGCAGCCAGGUGAUCCCGGCCAUCCGCAGCCGGUGCCUGGCCGUGCGCGUGCCGGCGCCCUCGCACCAGCAGAUCACCGACGUGCUGCACGCCGUCUGCAAGAAGGAGGGUCUGGCGCUGCCGUCCGAGCUGGCACAGCGGAUCGCGGAGAAGAGUGGCAGGAACCUGCGACGGGCGCUGCUCAUGUGUGAGACGUGCCGCGUGCAACAGGUGCCGCUGUCGGCCUCCCAGUCGGUCUCCGAGCCCGACUGGGAGCAGUUCCUGCAGGAGACGGCCGCCAUGAUCGUCCAGGAGCAGUCGCCCAAGCGGCUGAUGGAGGUGCGCGCCCGACUCUACGAGCUCAUGGUCCACUGCAUCCCACCGGACGUCAUAUUCAAGGGCCUGCUGCGGGAGCUGAUUCGCAACUGCGACAGCCAGCUCAAGUCGGAUCUGACGGCCGAGGCGGCCGCCUACGAGCACCGACUUAACCUCGGCUCCAAACACAUCUACCACCUGGAGGCGUUCGUCGCAAAGUUCAUGGCGCGCUACAAACGCUUCCUCGACGAGAACAUGAUGGAUAUGUAAGGUGAAGUGAAUGAGGAAUGGGGGGGUGCGGGCUGUAGCGCUAGAGACGCUUCCUCGAUGAGAACAUGAUGGACAUGCAACGUGAAGUGAUUGACGGAGGGGGGGGGGGGGGCUGUAGCGCUAGAGACGCUUUCUCGACGAGGACCCGGUGAAAUGUGAGGGAGAUGCUGGGAGGACCAUGUGGACUGACCAAUCACAAAAGGCUGAUGAUGAGAGGAGGCGUGAUGAUGAGAACGUGAGGGAGUUCACUGAAGGAGGGUAGGAAGUGGAACAGGUGGACUGAAGGAUGGGAGAGAAUGGGACGGGGGGACUGAAGGAGAGUGGGAAAAGUGGACUGAAGGAUGACACGGAUGUCAAUGAGCAGCUAGAUGCUGGACGAUGCUGAAUGUGGGGUGAUAACGACCGCGUGGUCGUGUCCUGUUGGCGCGAGACCAGCACCAGUUUUUGGUGCGACGUCCCCUGAAAAUGGAUGCUCACUGUUGAAUACACGAUGUUUUGUUUGUA